CAACUACUUCAACAAGGAGCAGGGCUACUACUUCAACAAGGAGCAGGGGUACUACUACGGCUCCUCCACUGGCCUCUUCUGCAGUGCUGCCAACGGCACAUGGUACCGCUUCAAGGAGGCAGCAGGCGAGUACGAGGUGCUGCCAAGUGAUGCUGAGCAGUGGGGUGCUUCAGGCAAUGGUGGUGGCGUGGGUGGCAAGGAAGGGGGAAAAGCGAAAGCAGCUGUGGGCAAGGGUGCUGAUGGCAGUGCAGCGAGUGGUGCAGGUGACGAUGUGGCAGGCGGGGAUGCAGGCGCUGCCAAGGCAGAGGGAAGGGAUUUGGCAGGUGAGGGGCGGACAGAUGAAGGUGGAGCACAUACAGAGGAUGGGACAAUGACAACUGCCGCUGCUGCUACUGGGGACGGAUAG